AUGGCGCUUGAGGAUUUCUUUACCCUAACAGAAAUAAAAGAUGGAUUCACGACCACUUCUCGUGUCAAAGAGCUCGUUUCUGCCAUGCAGAGUGAUAAAGAUUCAGUUCUGAAGAACGCUGGCGAUGCUUCUAGGCAGUGGACAGCUGUUGCAAGCACAAUUGCGGCCACAAAGAACAGAGAAUGUCUUGAUGUUUUUGUAAAUUUAGAUGGACUCCAAUACUUAAGUAGCUGGCUAGCUGAAGCUCAGGCGUUGGCUAACGAUUCGAUUGACAGUUCUGUAGAGGAGUCGAUUCUUGCUUUGUUAGAAGCUCUUGGAAACCUAGGUGUAGACAGUUCGAGGUUAGUUUCUUCUGGGAUAUUGGUUGCUGUCGAGAAACUUGUUGACCAUGGUAGCUCUCGGGUUCAGGAUCAGGCGAGAAAGCUCUUUGGUAGCUGGAAUGAUAAGGAAGCUCAUGGCCAGUCUGAACGUGACACUGAAAGCUGCAGCAAAGCUCAUGAAGAUGAGAUGAGAGUUGUAGCAGCGAGCGGGGAGAGCAGUGACCUAAAAUCCGCUGCUACUCUUUGUUCAACGCAAGGUGAUAAUGAAAAACCUAGUCCUGAAGUAGCAGAUGAAGCCAUGCUGUCAGGAGGCUCAGAAGAAAACAACCCAGAUCAAGAGAAGGGUGUGGAACUGCAAGACGACAAGGUUGAGGUUGGCUCGAAAGUGAAUUCCCAAAGCUCUGAUACGAUGGUUGAAACUUUAAAUGGCUCUUCUACCGAUGAUAUCAUGAAAGAAGUUGAAGAAAAUAUUUCUCUGCAGGAAAAAAGCUCUACGGAGGAGACAAUUGGUCCGGCAUUUUUUGGUAAUAUGCCUACUGGUCCUAGUAGCCUUCUUGAUUCAGAGCGCGCUAGUGUUGAAGGCCCAUCAAAUGCUCCAGUAGAUGCUGGAAAAGUGGGUGGAGCAGUAGCAGUGACAUCCAGUUCAGCAGGACAUGUAGCCGUGUCUUCUGAUUCUGUUAUUGCCAGUAUGGAGUUGGAGAGAAAUAGUGUUUUGCAGAGUAGUCUUGAUUCAAAUGAGGUGAGCAGGAAUGCAUCUGAGACGAUAUGUGGGUCACAUGAUGUGAACAUAGCCCAUAAUAGCAAAGAUGUGCCUUCCUUGUCUCAUGUAACGGACAAUCAGGAUUCUGACAAUUCAUCAAGAUUAUCAGGUGGCCAUGGUAGAAAUAGCAAAGUUGAGAGUGACAAUAUGACUGCUCAUGCUGACAAUGAAGAACAAAAAGAUGAUAAGGGCCUUUCUAACAGAGAGAGAAGAGUAAAACGGAGAAAAAACCGCAGGUCAAUGACCAUAUCCCAGCGCCUUGGAGCAAUUGACAAAACAACAGCUGAUAUAGACCUUGGUAUUUUGGAUGCCUUGGAGGUCGCUACCAAAGUCGCACAGGAAGUCGCAAGAGAAGUGGACUCUGAAGAAUCUUCUCGCAGUUCUUCAGGAGAACUAUCUGAUGAAAGCGGGCAGUCUGGUUCACAAGACUCUCGCAAUGAUGAUCUACACACAGGUUCUCCAUCCAAGGGAUUAUCAGUGGGUGAAGGCCAUUCCUCUGAGAACAAACAUGUUGGGGAUGACGAUGUAAUGGAUGAGGAGAAUAACAAACUUGAAAAUGGGAUGAUGGAUAGUGAUGAUGUUGAAGAAAAGCACAUAGAAGCAGCUGCCAAAUCUGAAGUAGGCAGAGAGAAAAGCCCAUGUGGUUUCGAUCUCAAUGAUGAUAUUUGCCCCGAUGAUACAGAUGUCAUUAUGUCCUCCAUAUCCGAUACGACGCCCACCGCUACUAUUAUGUCUGUUUCACAUUCUGGAAUGCCUGCAGCAGCACCGUUACAGUUCGAAAGAUCGGCUGCUUCUAGUGUAUUUCACCCAGCCUUACCUCAUAAAGUUCCUAGUGGGGAUUCAAGAGAAAAGCAGGUGGUUUCCCGUGGUAUCGAUCUGAAUGUGGCUGAGGUAGGAGAUGAUCAUGUUGAAGAAGUAAGUCCCUGGAAACAGUUUCAUUUCGCCUCAUCGAACUCGAGGGGUGGAGGAGAGUCUUCACAUGAAGCUAAUCUCAGAGGAUCAGGCAGGUUCAACCUGGAUUUGAACUGUACAAACGACGACGACGACAUGCCUCCACCCUCUUCGAAGAUGGAAACAAGAUUGUUUCUAAGUCACAGUGGUCAGCAAAGUGCAUCACCCGUCUCCUCACAGUCCGUUGCUCAGCAAUCAGGCAAGGAAGUAAGCUUUGAUUUGAAUGACAGGCCACAGUUUUUCAUCGACUCACGUGAUCAGGGUCCCUACCAUGGACAUCACCCAUGGAUCACAGCUCCCUAUGGAGGUCACAAGUUGGAAGAGCCAGGUAUUUCCAUCUUGGGUACAAAAGUGGACGUUGACAGAAAAGACUCUGUCUCCCAAAUGGCUUCGUUCUUGUCCAACGGUAAGUCCCUCGAGCCCGCACCGGGACUAUACAUGGGAAGAACCGGAAACUCUUUGGGUUUAUCUCCUGGUGUCUCCUUUUCUCCAGCUCCUAUGUAUGGCUACAACGGUUUGACUGGUCCUCCUGGUUUGUCAAUGUCGUCAUCUCCCAUGUAUGUUCCUGGAACAGCUAUUCCAUACAUGGUGGACUCAAGGGGUGCACCAAUGAUGAUGCCUCAGAUGAUGGGCUCGUCCCCAUACGCGCAGCCACCAUUCCCUCCGCAACACAUGUUCAUGAGCUUGGCGGGUGGAUCGGCUAGUAUGAAUGGAUCAGUGCGGCCACACUAUGAUCAGAGCUCUGGGUUUGGGGUUGAGAUGGGAAACAGAGAGUCGUUAAGUUUGAGGCAGUUUCUAUCACCGGAACAAAGCGGGGCACUGGGAGAGCAUUCGGGAGCAAAUGUAGAGCCCUCGUCGAGUUCUUCUGCGAGCGUUGGUGGUAAGAGGAAAGAGCCGGAGACACGUUGGGAGUUUCCUUCAUGGAGGUGA